UCGCGGAAUGCAAUAUGGGGGAUCCCGAACCGGAAUCGGAGCAGAUUCGACUGAAAUGCAUACGGCGGGAAGGUUUCUUCACGGUGCCGCCAGAGGAUAGGCUGGGGCAAUGCCGAAGUGUGAAGGAGUUUGAAAAGCUGAAUCGAAUUGGAGAAGGCACCUAUGGUAUUGUGUAUCGGGCCAGAGACACCCAGACAGAUGAAAUUGUGGCCUUGAAGAAGGUUCGGAUGGACAAGGAGAAGGAUGGGAUCCCCAUUAGUAGCCUCCGGGAAAUCACACUGCUCCUUCGGCUUCGUCACCCCAACAUCGUGGAGCUGAAGGAGGUCGUUGUGGGAAACCAUCUAGAGAGCAUCUUCCUGGUAAUGGGUUACUGUGAGCAGGACCUUGCCAGCCUCCUGGAGAACAUGCAGACGCCCUUCUCAGAGGCUCAGGUAAAGUGCAUCAUUUUGCAAGUCCUCAAAGGCCUUCAGUACCUUCACAAAAACUUCAUCAUUCACAGGGAUUUAAAGGUUUCCAAUUUGCUCAUGACAGAUAAGGGCUGUGUUAAGACAGCUGACUUUGGCCUGGCUCGGGCUUAUGGGGUCCCUGUGAAGCCGAUGACCCCCAAAGUGGUCACCCUCUGGUACCGGGCCCCUGAACUCCUGCUGGGGACAGCAACGCAGACGACUAGCAUUGACAUGUGGGCCGUGGGCUGUAUCUUGGCUGAGUUGUUGGCUCAUAAGCCUCUCCUCCCGGGCAGUUCUGAGAUCCACCAGAUCGACCUGAUUGUGCAGCUGCUUGGGACACCCAAUGAGAACAUCUGGCCGGGCUUUUCCAAGCUGCCUCUGGUCAGCCAGUAUAGCCUGAGGAAGCAGCCCUACAACAACCUCAAACACAAGUUCCCGUGGCUCUCCGAGGCCGGGCUGCGCCUGCUCAACUUCCUCUUCAUGUACGACCCAAAGAAGAGGGCCACCGCUGGGGAUUGCUUGGAAAGCUCCUACUUCAAAGAGAAGCCACUGCCUUGUGAGCCUGAGCUCAUGCCCACCUUCCCUCACCAUCGGAACAAGAGGGCUGCCACAAGCACCACCGCCAACCCAGGGGCUGAGAGCCAGGGCCAGAGCAAGCGAAGCAAGCCCUGAGGGGACGGAUCAUCGAGGCUGAGGCGUCGGGCAUGGAGUUUGGUGAAGAUUCACCAAAAGUCGUCUGGCGAGAGACGGCCGGACACCUGCCCGCCGAGAACAAGAGGAGCUCCCAGGACUCCCCUUCGGACGUCUUAGCAGACACUCCUGAACUCUCUGGCCUGCCCAGUGCUCCAGCUGUGGAGGAAUGAGGCUGGAACAGGGAGAAUUUGGUUUUCCCCACCUGGAAGACAGACACAAGGUUUGGGGAGGGAAGGAGCAGGCUUGGAGAGUUCUCGUUCCCCAGGAUUCAGCUCUGAUGGGCAGAGCAGGAGCUCCAAGGACCAGGGACGUGUUGUUCGGCCCCGAGCUGAGCUGGCUUCCGGGGAAGCCCGUAUCUCAGGGCUUGAUGUUUAAGGAAGAGUUACUAGAACAGGACCCUGUGCCGAGGCCGUCAUCGGCGUCCCACCAACGCGACCAGGAAUCUGGGGACCGAUGGAGGGUGGGCACAGCCUCCUGCCCCAGAGGAGCCGACGUUACCCUCCUGGGGGCCACACCGUGUUUGUGCAAAUGCAGGUUUUGGAGAAUGUUUUAAAAUGAAUCUUUGAUCGA